AUGGAUCAGCCUGUAUUGAUAAAUGCUCAAGUCCAGCUGUGGAGUGCAAAGGCAGGAAUGUCCAAGUCAAGAAGUGCAUUUAUUGAAACAUUUGUAGGAAAAAGGGAAGUUAAACUUAUUCUCUAUUUCAGCACUGGAAAGAUUAAGGCUCUGCAACUACACAAUAAUAUUAAAAGUGUGGUCCUUCGAACCUAUGGCGAAGACCAGAAUUACUUACAUUUGACUUUUAAAAAUAAUGAUUUCUUGUUUGUUGAGAAACUUAUCACCACAGAUGCCAGACGACUGAAAAGAUUCUUAGACAAAAUCUAUCAAAAUAGUCUUCGGGCAUCCAGGAGAAGUGAUGAGAGAUCUGGUGAGCCUAGCAUGAGUGCACAGGAGUUCCAUGGCUCUCCACCACCCGAAGUUCAUAUGAGAGCAAGUAGUAAGUGCUUUGAAUCAGCCAAAGAAAGUGAAAUGUGCAUGUUUCGUGGGUUGUCUUUGUUCCCACCCUCAUCGGCCUCACUUCACAGUGUAGGAUUAUUAGAAACACAACUCAUAAAGAGGAAAAGAUUUUUACCUGAUUUUGAAAACGAAAAAUACAGCAUCCUGAAGGGCAGUAUCAGAGAAUUUGAGGCAAAUUUAGUAGUGUCUAUAUCUAAUGAAAAGGGGAAAGAAAGGGGUGUGAGAGCUGUAGAAAUCAGUAAUCCAGGGUUUGGAUUUCCUUUUGAUACCUUUGAGACCAACUAUCCUGAAGAUAGUGGUGUGAAUAUUCGUGAUCUUAAUGAUCUCAUUACAAAAUUCUUUUCACCAGUUCUGUUGGAAUCACACUAUAUUGAGAACUGCCUAGACUGGCAUGACUAUAUGAAGACAUUCUUGCUUCACCCAGAGAAAUCGUGGCAAGGCCUGCCUAAUGUGGGAAACACUUGCUAUAUAAAUGUUGUAUUACAGUCUCUGUGCUCAAUCCCACUGUUUAUUAAUGAUCUGUUCAACCAGGGUUUCCCAUGGAUUAAACCUCCCAAAGAUAAUUUUAACAUGCGCUUGAUGCAACUGCUUGUUUUGAAAGAUAUUUACAAUGCAAGAACUAGACAGAGGUUACUUAUAGGCAUUACAAAAGCCCUCCCAGUAUUUGGAGAGAUAUUUGCUGCUGACAGGCAAAAUGAUGCUCAUGAGUUUUUAAGUCUCUGUUUAGUUCAGUUGAAGGAGAGUGUCCAAAGAGUAACCAUGAUGUGGCAGUCUGAAGAUGAAUCGGGAGAUUUUAAUUUACUUAGAGAGAUUUUUGCUAAUUAUGCUACUAUCAGCAAAAUACAUGUUUGUCCCGUUACCAAUAAUUUUGAAUUUGAGUUGCUGACCUCCAUUUUUUGUAAAGCCUGUGGCCUGACUGUUUUUAAGAGAGAACCAAGUAGAUACCUCUCUAUUAACAUUCCCCAGGGAGUGAGAGAUCAAAACGUGUCUAUGCAAUCCAGUUUAGAUCUUUUCUUUAGGGCAGAGGAAGUUGAGCAUAGGUGUGAAAGGUGUUUGUACAACAAAUCUGUUUCAUUGCACAAGUUUGGGCGGCUACCCAGGGUUGUUAUUAUUCAUCUGAAACGCUAUAGCUUUAAUGAUUUACGGGUAACGAAGAAGGAUGAGCAGCACAUCCUUAUUUCCAAAUACUUAAGGCUGUCUUUUCAUUGCAACAAAAGCACAAAACCACCCCCACCCCUUCACUCAAGUGAACAUGUUAAGAAUCUUGACUUACUAAUACCCUUUGAAGAAUUGGGUGCUGAAAUACUCAAUUUGUCAUUUAAUUCAGUGAGGGCCUCAAGAUCCCAGGGUUUCCCAACAACAAACAACAGAUCAGAGUCGGAAGCACAAAAUAGGAAUAGAGUCUCUGAAGUGUUGAGCGGAAAAGUGCAGGAGGAAGAUCCAGGGAAAGGUAGCACAGCAAAUAUAGUUGGGUCAGAACUUACAAAUGAGAACCUCAAGAAGCAUGAGAAACUUAGUAGCUUAGAUUCUGGUAGCACCAGUGAGGCUACUAAAGAUAAAGACCUCCAAAUUCCAGAAAAAUCCCAAAAGUACCAACAGGCUGAGAAAUGUGAUGAAGGGAGAAGUGAUAAGCAGACCUCCCUAGAGGCACUUAGUCAAGGCCAUCCAAAACCAGUCUCCAAGGAACAGACAGAAAACCUUGGGAAACCCACAGUGUCACAUACCCAGAAUAGUAGUCUGAGUUCACAGGGCUCAGCAGAUCGCAGUAAGAGUUCCAGAAACCGAGAUGCAAAGCCUACAAGCAAGGUAAAUCCACAACAGGUAGAUGAAAAAGAAGAUAAUCUUUACAGGCUUGUGAAUAUUAUCAGCCAUAUUGGGAACAGUCCCAAUGGAGGCCACUAUAUCAAUGAUGCCUUUGACUUCAAGAAUCAGAGUUGGUUCACUUACAGUGAUCUACAUGUGACAAGUGCACAAGAGGAAUCUGUAUAUAAGGCUAGGCUUUCUAGUGGGUAUGUCUUCUUUUACAUGCAUAAUGAUAUUUUUGAAGAGCUCUUGGCAAAGGAAACUCAGUCUACCUGCACAUCCAAGGAUUAG